CUGCCGGGCGCCGUAGCGGCUGUAGCAGUGAUCCGGGUCCGGGCUGAGCAUGGCCGCUGCCUGGGGGAGCUGGGAGGAGGAGGUGGAGGCGGCGGCCGAUGUCAGUGGGGAAGAGGAGGAAGAGGAGGAGAACAUCCUCUACGACCUGCUCAUCAACACCGAGUGGCCGCCGGAAACCGAGGUGCAGCCAAGAGGCAACAAAAAACAUGGUGCAUCCUUUAUCAUCACUAGAGCAAUUACAGGUCCUGCAUUAUUUUUGCUUCAGUACAUCUGGUACAGCCCUGCAAAAUUUUCCCUCCCUGCUGGGCUUGUUCGUCUGGUUAGUAAGCUGAUUAACUGGCAUCUAGUGCUUGCAAGUCAUGGUAAACUGUUGGCAGUUGUUCAGGACCAAUGUGUAGAAAUCAGGUCUGCAAAAGAUGACUUUGGAUCCAUUGUCGGAAAAUGUCAAGUGCCGAAGGAUCCUAACACACAGUGGAGACGAGUGGCAUGGAGUCAUGACUGCACACUGCUUGCCUAUGCUGAAAGCAGUGGAACUGUGAGAGUAUUUGACCUGAUGGGCAGUGAGCUCUUUGUAAUUUCUCCGGCAACCAGUUUUCCAGGAGAUUUGAGCUACGCAAUUGCUGGAUUGAUCUUUCUAGAAUAUAAAGCAAGUGCCCAAUGGUCAGCUGAACUGCUAGUCAUCAAUUAUCGUGGAGAACUGAAAAGUUACCUUGUAAGUGUUGGAACAAACCAAAGCUUCCAAGAGAGUCAUAGUUUCAACUUCAGCAGCCAUUAUGCCCAUGGAAUAACUACAGUAGUUUAUCAUCUUAGGCACAGGCUUUUGCUUGUGGGUGGCUGUGAAACAGAUGAAGAUGGAGUAUCUAAAGCAACUAGUUGUGGAAUAUCUGCUUGGAGAGUUCUUUCUGGAUCCCCCCAUUAUAAACAGGUCACUAGUUAUGAAGAUGAUACUGCGACAGCAAAGAAAAGCGGAUUAUUAAGGAUUAUGAAUUUCAGAUUUUACAGCAGACAAGGAACAGAGCAGGAUGGAGUUUUCAAGAUGAGUCUUUCUCCUGAUGGAACUCUUCUGGCAGCUAUCCACUUCUCAGGAAAACUGACCGUCUGGGGAAUCCCAUCUCUCAAGCAACAAGGAGAAUGGGAUCAAAGUGACCAGCCAGGUUAUGAUGAGAUCAAUCCAGAUUGGAGACUUUCUACUGAAAAAAGGAAGAAAAUAAAAGAUAAAGAAUCAUAUUACCCACUAAUGGAUGUAAAUUGGUGGGCAGAAAAUGCUGUGAUCUUGGCUCGCUGCUCUGGAGCUUUGACUGUGUCAUCUGUGAAAACAUUAAAAAACUUACUAGGGAAAUCAUGUGAAUGGUUUGAAAGUUCCCCUCAGGUCACUUCUACUCAUGAUGGAGGAUUUCUAAGCCUGGAGUGCGAGAUAAAACUGGCUCCAAAGAGAUUACGCUUGGAGAGCAGGCCUGGUGAAGAAGAUGAAGGAGAAGAUGACUCUGACUCAGAUGAUGUAACUUCUGCCAAGGCCAGAUAUUUCAGUUACCUAAAGCAAGGCCUGUAUUUUGUGACAGAAAUGGAGCGAUUUGCUCCUCCACGGAAACGUUCACGUACUAUUACAAAGAAUUACCGCCUUGUGAGUUUAAGAUCUACAACCCCAGAGGAACUUUACCAGAGAAAGAUUGAUAAUGAAGAAUAUGGUGAAGCUUUAUCUUUGGCUCAAGCAUAUGGUCUAGACUCUGAUCUUGUAUAUCAAAGACAGUGGAGGAAAUCAACUGUUAACAUUGCUUCUAUUCAAGACUACCUGAGUAAAAUUAAGAAACGGUCCUGGGUUCUUCAUGAAUGCCUGGAAAGAGUUCCUGAGAAUGUGGAUGCUGCCAAAGAGUUGCUGCAAUAUGGUUUAAAAGGUACAGACUUGGAGGCUCUCAUAGCUAUUGGAAAAGGAGAAGAUGGUGGCAGAUUUAUCUUACCUGGAGAGGUGGACCUUGAUGAAGUACCCUAUGAAGAAUUUUUGACACCUGAUGAAGAAGCAGAAAAUAGAAAGGAAAGGGAAACUAGAAAGCAUGAAGAACUGCUUCUAUCAGUGAACUUCUCAAAACUAACACUGGAACAAAAGGAACUUUCUCGAAGCAGGCUGAAAUUAUUAAGUUAUUUAGAUAGACUUGCAACUUAUGAGGAAAUCCUUGGAGGGCCUCAUGCAGCUGAGCAGAGAUAUGAUGCUGAAUUCUUCAAGAAGUUCCGAAAUCAGAAUAUUGUACUUUCAGCAAGAACUUAUGCUCGGGAAAGCAAUGUGAGAGCCCUAGAGAUCUUGUUUACGUACCAUGGUUCAGACUUGCUUCCCCAUCGGCUGGCAAUUCUCUCUAAUUUUCCAGAGACCUCCUCACCACAUGAGUAUUCUUUUUUGCUGCCUGAAGCCUGUCGUAGACAGGAUGUGUUGAUGAUUCUUCCCUGGAAUGAACAGAAGCAUCGGGAAGAGGACUGGUGUGAAAACCCACAGUGCAAAAUGAUAUUUGAACCAGUUCUUCAAGAUGAAGAUGAAUUCUUAUAUGAAGCACAACCCGAGUUAUUAAAAUACAGAACUACUAAGCUUUCAAUAGACCUGGUUUCUGACUGGUAUUGGAAUAGGGCACAGGAGAUUGAGAACUAUGCUAUGCAGGUGGACUGUGCUCUGUCCCUGGUUCGACUUGGCAUGGAGAGGAACAUUCCUGGUCUUCAGGUGCUUUGUGAUAACCUGGUUACCCUGGAGAUGCUGAUUUAUGAGACUGGAUGUGAUCUAACCCUAACCUUGAAAGAUCUGCAGGAAAUGAAAGAUAGCAAAAAACUAAGUUUGUUAAUGAUGAAUUCUUCUGAUGAAAGAUAUGUGAAGAACGUUUAUCAGUGGAUGGUCCCAUUUCUACAUCGCUGUGAAAAUCAGUCCCCUGGUCUUGCAAACACACUUUUUAGGGAGUAUUUAGUCAGCUUAGCAAAGGAAGACCUGAAAUUCCCUCUGAAGAUCUUUCAAAAUUCAAAACCAGAUUGUCAGCAAAAAAUAAUUCCUGAUCAGGACCAACUGAUGAGUAUGGCACUGGAAUGUAUCUAUAGUUGUGAACGAGAUGACCAGCUCUCCCUUUGUUAUGAUAUUUUGGAAUGCCUUCCACAAAGAGGAUAUGGCCCAGAAACAGACUUAACUAAAACUCUUCAUGACAAGGUAGAUGAACUGGAACAAAUUCUCAGUGUAUCAGAAAUUUUGGAGAAGCAUGGACUUCAGAAACCUGUAUCAUUUGUAAAAGAUACGCAGAACAGCCCAGAGCAAGCGGAGAAGCUUAUGAUUAGGCUGACCAGGCACACAGGACGCAAGCAGCCACCAGUCAGUGAGAUGCACUGGAAAGGGUUACUGCAGGAUAUGUUGGAUAUGCAGCAGAAUGUCUACACGUGCUUAGAGCCUGACAGUUGCUAUGAGAUAUUUACAGAAAGCCUUCUAUGUUCAAGCCAUCUAGAAAAUAUACAGCUAGCUGGGCAAAUGAUGCAUUGCAGUGUUUGGUCAGUGGAUCCACCAGUUAGUGUUGCCUCAAAAGGAAAACCACGGUAUAGAGUCAGCUAUGAGAAAAGCGUCAAACUGGUUUUGGCUGCUGGCAGAGAAUACUUCAAUUCUUCUACCAGUCUGACUGAUAGCUGCAUGGAUUUGGCCAGGUGCUGCUUACAACUUAUUGUAGACUGCCCCAGUACUAUCCAAGAGGAGCUAGAUCUCAUUCGUGCUCUUAGCUAUCUUGAAGAAUUUGGCCUGAGAAUCUUGCCAUUACAAGUGCGUUUGUGUUCUGAUCGACUCAGCCUCAUCAAGGACUGUAUUACUCAGUUGCCCACAAACUACAAACAGUCUGCCAAGCUCCUGGGACUUGCAGAUUUACUGAGAGUUGCAGAUAGCUGCAUCAGCACUGCAUCCUUAAAAUCCUCUGAUAGCUGUUAUGGACAUAUGCUGUGUUCAUUACAACUUGCCAAGCGAGGAGAUGACCAGACCGAGAGAAAAGGCCAGGUUUUGAUCCUUUUAGUGGACCAAGCUCUCCAUUUCCAGGACUACAAAGCUGCUAGUAUGCACUGCCAAGAGCUUAUAGCCACAGGCUAUUCUAAAAGUUGGGAGGUAUGCAGCCAAUUAGGGCAAUCAGAAGGCUACCAAGACUUGAGUACUCGGCGGGAGAUCAUGGCUUUUGCUCUGACACAUUGCCCUCCAGGUGCCAUAGAGUCGCUGCUGGCAGCAAACAGUUCUUUGCAGAAUCAGAUUCUUUAUCAAGCAGUGAAUUACCAGUUACACCCUUCAGAAGGAGCGGAGAAUAUAAAUAUCUCAGUACCUUCUUCGCUGAUCACUAAGGAGACUCCUCAGGAAGAAAUCAGCAUUCCUUCUAGCCAGUCUGCUGAUUUCUUGUAUUGGACCACUGCUAAAACCAUGGAAGUUCUCUCUAAUACAACUACAACGACAAAAGCCAUGCUGCAUGCAGUUAGUGAUGGACAAUGGUGGAAGAGGUCAUUAACUUAUCUUCGGCCAUUACAUGGCCAAGAAUUUGGAGAUGUAUUAAAAAGCAGUUCUGGAGCCAAUGCUGCAGUGGAAAAGCAGAGCUGUCAUCCCUUUUAUGAAUCUCUAAUUGUUGCUCCCUGUGUUGCAGAAUCUGAAGUAGCCUAUGCUGGAUUCCAACACAAUUCUUCAGAAAGUUUUGCAGAAGUAUUGCUGAGAACAGGAAAAUUAGCAGAAACUAAAAGUGAAGGACAGGACCUAUUUCCAGCUACAGAAGUUCUGUUACAAUUGGCUAGUGAUGCUUUACCAAAUGAUAUGACCUUAUCUCUUGCCUACCUACUUGCAUUACCACAGGUGGUAGAUGCCAACAAGUGCUUUGAAAAGCAAUCACAUUCUGCUUUAUCGCUCCAGCUGGCAAGUUAUUACUAUACCCUGCAGAUCUAUGCUCAUUUGGCACCAUGUUUCAAGGACAAAUGCCACCCCCUCUACAGGGCUGACCCAAAAGAGCUGAUUAAGAUGGUCACAAACCACGUUUCUCAGUGUAGCUAUGCAGACUGGCCUGAAGAAAUAGCAACUUUGAUUAAGCAACUAUACUACUACAAUGAACGACUACUGGACUUCACUCAGGCUCAAAUCCUUCAAGGCCUUGGCAAAGGAGUGGAUGUGCAGAGGUUUACAGCAGAUGACCAGUACAAGAGAGAAACUAUACUGGGGCUGGCGGAAACACUUGAAGAAAAUGUGUACAAGAUCGCUCUUUCCUUGGCUCAGCGUUACAGUGUUCCACUUUGGGAAGUAUAUAUGACACAUCUUGAGUUUCUGUUCACUGAUAGUGGCUUAUCUACUGGAGAAAUAGAAGACAGAGCACAAAGUCUUGGUCUCUUUGAGACUUUGAAAACCAACCCUGAAGCCCUACAUGAACACAUGGCCAAAUAUGUUUACCCGGGUAUUGAAGGCAUAGAUCACCAGCGGUUGCUUUAUUAUUUUACUCUCCUUGAAAACUGUGGUUGUUCAGAAUUUGUAAAGCAUGCUAUCAAACCUGAAACUCACAUACGGCUGCUGAAAAAAUUCAAGGCCAUUGCACCAGAUCUCAAUUACAAAAAACUAACAGAUGAAAAUGUGAGCACUUUGGGAGUAUUGCUGCCCAGCCUUACAAGUCAGAACAUCUUAUCCAUUUCAAAACUCGCUCCCAAAAUCCCUGAGAAAGAUGGUAGUAUGCUCUCUCCAAGCUCUGUUUACACCAUCUGGUUACAAAAACUCUUCUGGAAUGGAGAUAGCAAGCUCAUUAAAAAAACACCAGAAACAACACCGGAGUGGUUAAGUGCAUAUGAUAUGUGUGCAAAGUACUUUGAUAGACUCUACCCAGGAGAUAUUGUCACUUUCCUUGAUGACGUUACCUUUUCUUCAAAGGCUGUUACCAAGCUGUCAGUAGAUGCCCGGCUAGAGAUGACUAAUAAGGCUAUUAAAGGAAUGCAACAGAUCACUGAGAAAUCAAGAAAAAAGAAUUCUGAAGAUGGUAUGGAUGGUGCUGGAAGCACGCCUGACACUUAUGAGAAAGCUCUGAAUCAUCUCCAGCAGUCUCUUGCUCAUCUGGAAACACUCAAUCAUAGGUUUAUCACUUAUCUGAAAAACAGUGAUCAGGAAAUGCUACAGAAGUACGGCCACUUAUAUGAUUUAUCCAGGUCAGAGAAGGAAAAAAUCCAUGACCAGGCAGUAGCUAUGUGUAUAGAUGGUCAGCCUCUAGACAUGAUACAGCAAUUGUUGGAAGUGGCGGUUGGAGACCUGGAACUCUCCCCCAGAGAUAUAGUACAAUGCGCAAUAAACAAAAUUGUAUUUGCAUUAAGUGACAAGGGUGCUGAAUGUACUUUGAUAAAAGACCCACUUCAGAUCCUGGAAGGGAUUGUUUCUGCAGUCCACGCAAGUGCUGAAAAGGGGGAGAAACUAAUUUCUUCAGAUGAUCUAUUGGAGUGGUUGAGACCUUUCUGUGCUGAUGACUGCUUGCCAGUGAAGCCCCGCAUUAAGGUGCUGCAGAUUAUGGAGCAAGCAUUUCAUCUCAGUGAUGAGGAUAGCAGGCUACUUGUGUUCUUCAGAACUCAUGCUGUUCUCAAAGCCUGUUGGCCUGAGACAAAGGUAGAGAUAAUUGAUAUUGAAAAUGAAGAAAAAAGGUACUCUCUCUUCCAGGAACUCCUGAAUUCUAGUAACAGUCAGUCUGAGUUUCAGCACUUGGUUUUACUCCUGCAAGCUUGGCCACCUGUGAAAAGUGCAAGCAUCGCAUUCACGAGUAAUAAUCCAUGGGUGAAACUAGGGGCAGUCAUGCUAUCGAGAUGCCCAACUGAGCAAAAAGAGAACACGGGAAAUGAAAUUUUGAAGAUCUGUCGUUCUUUGUAUGAGACUAAGCACGUGCUCCCCGUAGAGUGUACAAAGGAAUUAUGUUUGCUGCUGCUUAACCAGUCUCUCCUGCUGCCAUCCCUGAAACUGCUAGUAGAAAGCAAAGACCAAGAUCUUCAUGCAUUGGCACUGGAGCAGAUAACAGCUGUUGCUAAGAUUGAUGAUUCCAGCUGUGAUUCUGAAAUUCUUUCCUUGCUCCUGAAUGCAAAAUUAGUGGUAAAGUGCAUAUCCACUGUGUUCUACCCUCACCUUAUCAACCACUUACUGGCCAACCAGGAAGAGGGGCAUUGGGAUGUAGAGGAAAUAGCAAAACAACUGCAGGAAGCAGGCUUCAGUGCAGAGGCAGGAUCUCUUAUGAUGUGUUACAAAGGGAUUCAUCCUGCACUCAGAACCUACAGUACUGCCUUCAGUGCUAUUCAGCAUUGGAUCUGAGUGGCAAAACAAACUGAAUUUCUUUUGACAAACAGCUGUCUGAAUAAUGUGUUUGUUUCAAUUGCCUGCUUUUCAGAUGGAGAUCUUCUACACGAGAGAUAAAUUGUUCUAAUGAAGUGAUAUAUUUAGAGUUGAUCAUCACUUUUUAUGAUUUGUGGAAAAUGCUAACAAUAUACAUACUGUGGAUUUACUUUCAGUUUAUUUUGAAACUUUUUACCAGUUCUAAAAGUCUCUCUCUCUCAGUAUAGGUAUAGUAAAUCUCUCAAACUGGUAAAAACUUUCUAAUUGGCAAAAACAUUUGAAAUGCAACCACUGUAAUGUGUAAAUUAUAAACUAGGACAGUAACUUGUGAUGCUGCAGUGUUAUACAAUGUGUCACACAAUUCUUGUAAGUCAUUUACACCCUGGUCACAAUAUAAAACAAUAGUUAUCGAUAAAGGUGUUUAGAACAAAUGUCAUCACAAAUGAAGAGAAAUAACUAAUGAGAAGUUCUGAAAUCUUAAAAAUUGAUAUUUUUCAAUGUUGUUUUGGAUAUCUUAUUACAAUAGUUUUAUUUGCAAUAAGUGACAUACUUUUCAUUUAUUAAACUUUUUCUUUUUUUCCCCCUC